AACAAUUAGAUUUAUCAAUUUAAAUAUUAUUUUUUAAUAAAGGCAAGCGAUAAGCCAAGGUGAUCUGCUCGUUCUAUCUUGUUCGUCUUUUUACGUCUCUCUGCUCGAUGCUUGUGCCCUCCUCUCAUCAUGUUCAAAGUCAAUUGACAAAGAGAAAACCGUAACUCAGAUAAAGAGAAGAUGUGGGGAUAUGGAGGAAAGUACUAUUGGCGAAAGAGGAAUAAGUAUAACCAAGGAGGAGGAGGAGGAAGUUGCGAAGCGAUCGUUGUGGUAUUCGCUUGGAUGUCUAGCGAAGAACGCAAUCUCAAGAACCAUGUCGAUCUCUAUGAUUCUCUUCUUUGGGACUCACUCGUUUGCCAUUCUCAAUUCCUCAACAUGUUCUUACCGGACAAAGCUGCGGAUCUAGCUUCUGAUCUUGUGUCUGAACUUGUAAAGGAGCUCAAGGCAAAGCCAGUUCCUUUAGUGUUUGCUUCUUUCUCAGGUGGUCCUAAUGCUUGUAUGUAUAAGGUUCUUCAAAUACUUGAAGGGAUAUGCGACACAGGACUGAACCAGGACGAUUGUAGAAUGGUUAGAAACUGCAUCUCAGGGUUUAUCUAUGACUCAUGUCCUGUGGAUUUCACCAGCGACUUGGGAGCUCGAUUUGCGGUUCAUCCAACUACGCUCAAAAUGUCUAAACCACCUAAACCAUUUGUAUGGGCAGCCAAUGGUAUCGCUUCUAGUCUCGAUUAUGUUUUCCUCAACAGGUUUGAGUCACAGCGGGCCGAGUUCUGGCAGACUCUUUACUCUACUAUAACAAUGAGAGUUCCUUAUCUCAUUCUAUGCUCUGAAAACGAUGACCUCGCUCCUUACCAAACCAUACACAAUUUCGCCACACGUCUCCAAGAGCUAGGAGGAAAUGUAAAACUCGUUAAAUGGAAUGAUUCUCCUCACGUUGGUCAUUAUCGUUACAACCAAGUGGACUAUAAAGCAGCUGUAUCCGACUUCUUGUCAAAAGCAGCUUCGGUCUAUUUGCAGAAGACAAGAAGUCUUGACAGAGAAGCAAUGAAAGAAGAGACUCAAUGUGAUGAUGAUAUGACAGAGCCAACAACUCAAAGCUUUGGGGCAUCAACCUCUGGUCUUAACCGAAGCUUCAACGGAACUCCACUUGUCACAACUGAUCAUUUCUUCGUGCCUCGAAGCACCGUUGGUUACUACGUGGGCAACGGUGGGUCUGUGCAAGAUGAACAUAAACAAGAUUUGAUUCGUUUGUCCAGUGCUCAAAACGACGAGGAUGCAGUUAAGCCUAAUGGUGUUCUUGGUCAAAUCUUGUUUGAUGUUUAUAUCCCCAAGAACGUCGAGGAUUGGGAUGUUAAGCUGUCGGAAACCACCGGGCGGUCUAAAAGGAGACAAGGGAAGAGGUUUAUACGUAGAUCGAGAUUGUAGCAUCUGAGUUGUGCGUACCAUUUGUGUUUCUUCAACAUACUUUUGCAGUCGAAUUGUAUUUGUUUUUUGCCCUCGCAGAGACUCUAAAUAAAAUCAAUAAAAUAAGAUCCAUUUUGUAUAAC